AUGUAUAUAGGCCGCAAAAUCCGAGACCGAAUUGCCAAAUUGCAGGAACGUGUUAUUGCGAGUGAGCUCAGAGCAGCGGCGAGCCUCAAUGGUUGGAGCUAUCAUCAUCCAACGGCUCCGUUGCCGGUAGUUCAGGCACCAUCGUUUGAUGUUGAUAGAAAGUCUCUAUCCCCUGCUGCAGAGAUGAUGCCUGCUGUGAACAGUCCGUGCCUCCCUUACUCGACAGGUGCCUGCUAUUCUUGCAAUAUACAGAGUCCAACACCUAUCGUACCUUCACAAUACUCGCCGUCAUUUCCUCAGAUCGAGGCAACUGCGAAAGACGUCGAUUCGUCCAGUUCAUCACCGCCGCCUGUUCUCAUAAACAGCAACGUUUGUUCCCCGGGUACCAGCCCCGUCAAUCUAGACAUGCCACAGAAUGCCUCCAGCAACUACGCGGCGCUGGAUAUCAAUGGUCAGUUCCCACAGGCUGAGCCAUGGAAUCUCUACGCGCAGUAUUCCCAGUCCAACUUGUACUAUAUAGCCACUGAAGCGUCACUUCCACAUAUUAUGCAGAUGCUGGACAAUGGUCAAUCAAGGGCAAAGGCAGUCAUCUUGCUGCAGCCAAACCUCCAAGUAGCAGGUGUUCCCCCGCCGUCUAGGUCCCAACCCCAAUCACCUAGAGAACAGGUAGCAGCAACUAGUGCCUUCAACAUGCAUGGCUUGACAUGUCAGUGUCACACACAAAGCCUGCUCUCUGAGUCGCCUGUAGAUUGGACGCAUCCGGCCCAACAACCGUCCCAGUGA